UUACACUCCGCUUUAAAGCCAUGGAUCUAACUAACAGCAAAUUAUCCUCCAUUCGAAAGUGUCUUCUGCUAACUUUACUGUUCGUUGGUUCAUUUCAGCUGUGCCGAGCAAAGCGAGUAUUCAAAUGUCCUUCAGGGUGCACUUGUACGACAGAUUCAAUCAUUUGCAUCGGUUCUUCUCUCCUCCCGCGGACUAUACCGAGUGACAUUAACUCUCUGAGUAUUGUUAAUUGCAGUUUCCCAGAAAUCAAUGAGGCAAUGUUCUCGCUCAUGCCCUCACUGCAGUUGCUCCUUCUUAGUUCUAAUUCAUUUUCUGAAAUAAAGGAGGAUGCAUUCUCAGGGCUUCCUCAUCUGGAGUAUUUAUUUAUUGAAGGUAACAAGAUUGAAGAAAUAAAUAAGUAUGCCUUUAGAGGACUUCGGGAUGUUACACAUUUAUCAUUAGCAAACAACAAUUUAAAAUCAUUGCCCAGAGCUCUUUUUUCUGAGCUGCGCUCUUUGAUUGAACUAGACCUGCGAGGAAACAUGUUUCACUGUGACUGUGAGUCCAUGUGGCUGAUGCUGUGGUUGAAGCGAUCCAAUGCCACAAUCUCAGAUGUUUACUGUGCCAGCCCAUCGGCCAUGAAGGGUGUCCUAUUAAAGGAUGUCCCAGAAAAACACAGCAAGUGUGUCUCCACAGAUUUUGUUCAGCAUCAGAUAUUGAAUACUCAGUCAAUGUCUGCUGACAUCUUUACUCAUAAAGAUGAUAUAUAUGUGGCUAUGGCGGUUCCAAAUUCAGACAGCUGCAUCAUCAUGGAAUGGGAUCACAUUGAGACAAAAUUCAGGCCUUUUGAUGACAUCACAGGUCGGUCUGCUGUAGGGUGCCGAUCUGUUUUAAUCAACGAGCAGGCGUUUGUCAUUGUCCUCCAGCUCUUCGAUGGCUCCCUUGUCUACAAAUACGACCAAGCACAGAAUAAAUUCACCAAGUUUCAGGCAGUUGAAAUGCUAAAUGUGUCCAAGCCAAAUGACAUUGAGGUCUUCCAGAUUGGAGACGACUGGUUCUUCCUUAUAGUGGACAGUUCCAAAGCUGGAAUGACCACUCUGUUUAAAUGGAACGAAACCGGCUUCUACCCAUACCAGUUCCUUCACGAGUGGUUUCGAGACACUGAUGCAGAGUUCCUUGAUUUAGAUGGCAAAUCAGUUCUCAUACUGGUGAGUCGCUCACAGGUUCCUGUUAUUUACCAGUGGAACAAGAGCAGCCAGAAGUUCGUUCUCCUCGAUGAGAUAGCAAAUAUGGAGGACAUUGUCAGCGUGAAGUCCUUUAGGAUUAAUGGUGUUCUCCACCUUGCCCUCGCCUGCUACAUCGGUGACUCAAAAGUCAUGAAGUGGACCGGGAAACACUUUGAAGAAGUGCAGGGCUUCCCUUCACGCGGCGCCACAGUAUUACAGCCAGUCAAGUUCAAAGAGCAGCACUAUUUGAUCCUGAGCAGUGAUUAUUCUUUCUCCCAGAUCUUCAGGUGGGAUGAGGAGAACCAGAGUUUCAUCAAGUUCAGGGAUGUGUAUGUUCAGUGGCCACGCUCAUUCACAGCUCUGUCCACAGACCAGCGUGAUUUUGUGCUAGCCACUAGCUUCAAAGGCAAAACCAAGGUUUUUGAACAUAUUUUAGUGGAUUAUAGCAAAUAAGGCAUAUGCUGUUACUUGCUC